CGCGAGGUCGAGCCUGGGCUCCAGGAGGGCUGAGCGCGUGUCCUUCUGAGUCUGAGUGGCCGGAAGGAGGGCGGUGGAGGGCCCCCGGGUGGAGGACACCGGGCUGCCCAGCUAUAGGGUCGCGCGCGCGUGUUCCCGGGCCUCGGGGUGGACUAGAGCUGUGGACCCCCGGCCCCUAGUGCGUUCGUCGCGCCAUUCUCCCACGGUCGUCACUUGCGCCGGCGGGGAGGAAGUCGCCAUGGAGCCUAAGGGCAGAGGGUCACUUUCUGAGAAUUCAGACCUUCCCCAUGCUGGAAACCCAAAAGAAAAUGGCCUGACCACUGUGCUGCUGACCCCUGCAUCUCAGGAGUCGAUGAUCAGGGAUAUGGCUGAGGCUGUCACCCAGUGGGGGCAGCUGAACGCUCCUCAAGGAGAUGUGCCUGAGAAGCAUAGGAAUCUGGUCUUGCUGGGGCUUCCAAUUUCCAAGCCUGAUGUAAUCUCUCGGUUGGAGUGUGGGGAGGAGCUGGAGAGAGAAGUCUCAAAAGCAACUAGUCCAGACUGGGAUACAGGACCAGAAUGCAAGGAGCUAACUCCAGAGCAGGACAUUUCUGAAGAAGAAUCAGCCCCUGUUAACACCGGGGUGUUAAUAGAGAGAUGUCCAAAGGAAAGUUCCAGUGAAUGUGAGGAUUCUUUAGAGAGUCAGCAGGAAAACCAUGAGAAACAUUUAAUACAAGAGGUUGUCCCUCAGAAGAAACCUUCUGGGGAGAGAAGUUACCAGUGUGAUGGAUUUGGAAGAAAUUUUAGUCGGAGGACAUUACUUGUUCAGCAGCAAGGAGAGCGACGACACAAUUGUGAUUCAUUUAAAAAGAACUUGAAACAAAAUUCAGAUCUAAUGAAACAUGAGAAAAUUUGUGCAGAAAAGAAGCCUUGGAAGUGUAAUGAGUGUGAAAAGGCCUUUAGUUACUACUCAGCUUUUGUCUUACAUCAGAGAAUUCACACAGGAGAAAAACCCUAUGAAUGUAAUGAAUGUGGUAAAGCCUUUAGUCAGAGCAUACACCUUACUCUACACCAGAGAAUUCAUACGGGAGAGAAACCUUACAAAUGUCACGAAUGUGGGAAAGCCUUCAGUCACCGCUCAGCCCUUAUUCGGCAUCAUAUAAUCCAUACUGGGGAGAAACCCUAUGAAUGCAAUGCAUGUGGGAAGGCCUUUAAUCAGAGUUCAUACCUCACUCAACAUCAGCGAAUUCAUACUGGAGAGAAACCUUAUGAGUGUAAUGAAUGUGGGAAGGCCUUCAGCCAAAGCACAUUCCUUACCCAGCAUCAGGUCAUUCACACUGGAGAAAAACCCUAUAAGUGUAAUGAAUGCAGGAAAGCUUUUAGUGAUCGUUCAGGCCUUAUUCAGCACCAGAGAACUCAUACUGGGGAGAGGCCUUAUGAGUGUAAUGAAUGUGGGAAAGCCUUUGGCUACUGUUCAGCCCUGACUCAACACCAGAGAACUCACACUGGGGAGAAACCCUACAAAUGCAAUGAUUGUGCCAAAGCUUUCAGUGACCGCUCAGCCCUUAUUCGUCAUCAGAGAACACACACUGGAGAGAAACCUUACAAGUGUAAGGAUUGUGGAAAAGCUUUCAGCCAGAGCUCAUCUCUUACAAAGCAUCAGAAAACUCACACUGGAGAAAAACCUUAUAAGUGUAAGGAAUGUGGAAAAGCUUUCAGCCAGAGUUCAUCCCUUUCUCAACAUCAGAAAACUCAUUCUGGAGGGAAAACCAAGGAAUAUGGAAAAGCCUUUAGUGAGCAUUCAGCCUUUGGCCAGCAAAAGAGAAUUCAUACUGGAUAAAGGUCAUGUACAUGUAGUAUGUUCAGAACACAUUUAUUGAACAAUUACUAUACAUGCUGUGAGGGCUUCAAAGGAAUUUAAG